AUGGCCGACGACGCCGCCGCCACCUCGAAUGAGGAGGGACAGGUCACCUUCAACGUCAAGGCCGCCAACGACCAGAAGCACGUCCUGACCCUGCCCGCUACCACCACGGUCGCCGAUCUCAAGGCCAAGCUGUCGUCAUCGGAAUACGCAGACAUCCCCGCCGAGCGCCAACGCCUGAUAUACUCCGGCCGUGUGCUGAAGGACCCAGACACACUUGGUGGCGUCAAGGUCAAGGACGGCCACACAAUUCACCUCGUCAAGGGCGCCGCCAGCAACGCACGACAGAACCCAGCCAGCCAGGGCACCGCGAGCACAGCCAGCGGCACCGGCACCGGCACACCGACGCCGCAGGUACCGACCAACAUCGCCGCCGGCACAGGGAACAACCCGCUUGCCGGCCUGACGGGCGCCCGCUAUGCCGGCUUCCACGGUCUGCCGUCGAUGGACAUGUUCGGCGCUGACGGAGGGAUGGGCCCACCACCGAACCCAGACGCCAUGCUCGAGAUGAUGGACAACCCCAUGUUCCUGUCGCAGAUGAACGAAGCCAUGAACAACCCGGCUGUAGUCGACAUGAUGUUGCAGAGCCCCAUGAUCCGCAACAACCCCAUGCUCCAGCAGAUGCUGCAGAACCCCGAGAUGCGCCGCAUGAUGUUCAGCCCCGAGAUGAUGCGUAUGCAGCUUCAGAUGCAGCGCAACAUGGACGGGAAUGGUGGUAGUGGCGGCUCCAUGGCGGCGCCCGGCGCCACAGACAACACCUCACAGCCAGCGUCGACAGCAACCGGCAACGGCGCGAGCGUGGCUCCCAACCCUUCGAACGCUACCGGCGCAGCAAACCCCUUUGCCGCAUUCGGUGGUGCCGGCGGUGGUGCCAACGCCAAUCCCUUCGCGAACCUCUUCGCAGGCGGCGCAAACCCAUUCGCUCCACAGACACAACAGGGUCAGGGUAACACCAACACAUCUGGCACAGAUUCCACGCAAAACACACAAAAUACCUCAUCAACACCCCCCAACCCCUUUGGAAACCUGUUCGGCGGAGCAGAAGGGGGUCAGCCGAACCCAAUCGCAGAUGCGGCGCGCAACAUCAUGCAGAACCCGCAGGCGAUGCAGCAAAUGAUGCAGAUGAUGGGCGGCGGCGCUGGUGGUGCUGGUGCUGGUGCCGGUGCCAACCCUUUCGGUGCUUUCGGUCAGAACUCACCAUCUACUGGCGCUGGAGCUGGCGACACCGGUUCGCAGCAGGCAAAUCCCUUCGCCGCUCUGUUCGGUCCCGGCGGUGGCUUCGGUGGCGGUUUCGGUGGACCACCCGCACCUGUAGACAACCGACCGCCGGAGGAGGUUUACGAAUCGCAGCUUAGGCAACUGAACGAAAUGGGCUUUUACGAAUUCGAACGCAACGUUUCUGCGCUGCGUAGGAGUGGAGGUAACGUUCAAGGUGCGAUUGAGUACCUGCUCAACGGCGGAUCAUAG